UGAAAACGACGAAAAGAAAAAGAAAAAGGAAAAUUAUAUUCCCUAUCCCCACUCUCACUGAAAGCUCGUGAAAUACACACCCAGACUCUCCUCCCCUUUUCCUUCCCACCCACACUCUCUAUCUCCCUUACAAACAAGCCCCCAUUAUUUCGUCUCCCCUAACAUGCACCACCACCACCUUCUCUACACCGCCAUGCCCUCCCCCACCACCUCCUCCUCCUCCACCUGCGCCGCCACCACCUCCAAUUCCCUCCUCUGCAAACACUCCCCCUCCGCCACCCUCGACCUCCUCAUCCUCAUUCUCGUCUUGUUCUCCGGCACUUUCUUAAUCUCCUCUUACUUCUCCUACAUCUUCCACUCCCUCUCCCUUCUCCUCUCCCAGUCCUCCCCACACUUCCUCCCCCCCGUCCCCUACAUCCUCGGCUUCCUUCUCCUCUUCAUUUCCAUGGUUUUGCUUCUUGAAUUUUGCUGUGGACGCCGCUCCAGGAAGUGUCAUAACCCUAAUUGUAAGGGCCUCAAGAAGGCUAUGGAAUUUGAUUUGCAACUUCAGACCGAUGAUUGUGUGAGAUCGGGUGUUGCCGACGACAUUGAUCGCUUGCCCUGGAAAGGUGGCUCCGAGUCUAAUCCUGAUUACGAGUGUCUUCGGGCCGAGCUACGGAGGAUGGCCCCAGCUAAUGGUCGGGCUGUUCUGUUGUUUCGCGCCCGGUGUGGCUGCGCCAUCGCCAAACUUGAAGGCUGGGGGCCCAAGCGCGGCAGAAAGCAUAAAAAGGCUAUGGCUAAUCUGGCUUCAAAUGGAGAUAGUCGCUGACUAUUGGUGGAGGAUUUCUUGGUGGGCUUCCCAUUAUAUAUUUCAAGUCUUUUACUAUUUAUUCACCUUUCAGAUUUGAAAAUAUUUUCUCAAGUUUUAGAAGACUUCACUUUGAAUCAGAACAAUUAUCUAAUUCAAUUCACUGUCUGGAUAAUUGUCUCUCAUUUCUGGAAAUAUAUACCAAAUUUAAUGAGAAUAAAUAUAUGAAAUGCAAGAUAGAUUCUUUGUUCACUUCAAUAAUGUUGUUGUAUUAUUAGCCAUGUUGUUGUAUUAUGAGCCUCGCCAUGCGGUUGAACUUUUGGAGUCAAAAGUGUCUCAAGCUGUACUAGUUGAUUACUGGAAUGGGUUUUUAGGUAUUUUGCAGAAACAAUUUAAGGAUGGGUUUGGGACUAG